GGAAGGAAGGGAAGGGGAGCGGGCUGCGCUGUUGCCCUUUUAAGCGAGCGAGCGGGCGCCAGAGGCCGGUACAAAGGGAGCUCCGCCGUGCCCCGCCGGCUGGGGCUGCCCCGGCCCCGCCAUCUUCCGCCCCGCAGGCGCGGCCGGGGCCAGGGUCGGGCCGGCUGAGUCGGAGGGAGGCGGCGGCAGCGCAGGCCCGGGCCCGGAGAUGAGGCCAGGAUGUCGGUGUCAGGGCUCAAGGCCGAGCUGAAGUUCCUCGAGUCCAUCUUCGACAAGGACCACGAGCGCUUCCGCAUCGUCUCCUGGAAGCUGGACGAGCUCCACUGCCAGUUUGUGCUCCUGCCGCCGCCGCCGGGCUCCAGCCCACAGCCGCCGCCGCCGCUCACCAUCCACUGCAACAUCACGGAAUCUUACCCCUCUUCAUCACCAAUAUGGUUUGUAGAAUCAGAUGACCCAAACCUGACUUCAGUCUUAGAGCGUUUAGAAGAUAUUAAGAAGAGCAAUACUCUGCUUCUUCAGCAGCUGAAGCGAUUAAUAUGUGACCUCUGCAGAUUAUAUAAUCUUCCUCAGCAUCCAGAUGUUGAAAUGUUAGAUCAGCCAUUGCCAGCUGGACAGAAUGGAACAACAGAAGAAGUUACAUCAGAGGAGGAGGAGGAAGAUGAUAUGGGUGAAGACAUUGAAGAUCUGGAUCACUAUGAUAUGAAGGAGGAGGAACCAGUUGAUGGGAAGAAAUCUGAGGAUGAAGGCAUUGAAAAAGAGAACCUUGCAAUCUUAGAAAAAAUCAGAAAAAAUCAAAGGCAAGAUCACUUAAAUGGUGCAGUCUCUGGGUCAGUUCAGGCUUCAGAUCGACUUAUGAAAGAACUCAGGGAUAUAUAUAGAUCACAGAGUUAUAAAACAGGGAUAUAUUCAGUGGAACUGGUAAAUGACAGCUUGUAUGAAUGGCAUGUUAAGCUUCUCAAGGUUGAUCCUGAUAGCCCACUGCAUAGUGAUCUUCAGGUCUUAAAAGAAAAAGAAGGUGUAGAAUACAUUUUACUCAACUUCUCUUUUAAGGAUAACUUCCCUUUUGAUCCUCCCUUUGUGCGAGUGGUGUCUCCUGUGCUCACGGGAGGGUAUGUCCUAGGUGGAGGUGCAUUAUGCAUGGAACUUCUUACUAAACAGGGCUGGAGCAGUGCCUACUCAAUAGAAUCAGUCAUCAUGCAGAUCAAUGCCACUUUAGUCAAAGGAAAAGCCAGAGUACAGUUUGGAGCCAAUAAGAAUCAAUAUAAUCUAGCAAGAGCACAGCAGUCCUAUAAGUCACUAGUACAAAUACAUGAGAAAAAUGGCUGGUACACUCCUCCAAAAGAAGAUGGCUAAUGCUGAGGACUGUUGUAUACCUGGACCAAUGUCAACAAAACAAGCUCUUUUUUAUGUUUUCCAACACAGACUCAAGCUAUGAGUGCCCCUAUAACAGCUGUACUGAGGACUUUAGCUAUUAGAUAAGUUAGUGGAUAAUCUGUCAACUGACACGUACAGUAUAAGUUACAGCCUUACCAUUCCGCUCUUCUUAGGCAUCUGGACUGAGCAGUUUGGGCCUUUACCAUAUUUGUUCUUAUGGAUUAGGCAGAUUUGGGCCACGCCCUCCCUUCUCCCUUUUUUUAUUUGAAAGCAUAAACUCUCCCUGCAGCAGGCUAUCAACUUACUAAAGAUCAUACAAUAGGAGUGAGUUGUUCACACACUUCUGUGUAUUUCUUACUUUUUGCAAAAUGCAGACUGCAGAGACUUGCAUUGUAUUGUUUCAUUUAAAGCCAAGAAGUUUAAUACAUUGUUUAAUACUGUUUUAGGAAAUGUCAGUUCUUGCAAAUCACAGUAGUUUUUCUGGUCUAAAAUGACAGCGUUUGUAGUAUUUUCCAAAUUACUGAUAUAGGAAAAACACAUGUAUGUUAAGUCAUUAAACAUUUUUCAUGGCUGUAUGAGAAUAUGAACUGUUUAUUGGAAAAGAUGCUCUUUGUUUAGAUUAUUUUAAUUUUUUUUGUUUGGUUUUUUCCUUUUUAUUUUGUUUUGGUUUUUUGUUUUUAUGCAGAGCAAGGCUGUGCCAAUAAAACCUUGUAACUAGUCACUUCCACUGGGGCGUCAGAACUUGCUGGGCUGUUCCUGCUACUUGUUGGCUCAACCUCCUUAACAAGAAGAGCCACAGUAUGAAGCUUGAAGUUAUUUAAAAUACUAAAAACCGUUUUAGGUGUUCCAUUUUAUUAACGGGCUGUUGCAAUCAUUUCUAAACUAAUGAACUUAUAAAGUGAUUGGCACAAAUUGAGAUGAAAGUCCAUGAAUGAAAAAUUUUUAUAUAAAAACUACAAUAAAGUACAAAAACAAUGUCAUCCAAUUCAGAGGCAUAAGAAAUGCUGCCAUAGUCAUGACGGUGGUUUUGUUAUUGAAAGACUAAUGGGAACUGUUCUUUCUUUAUUAGGAGAUGAGUCUGGGUCUGUGUACUUACACAAUUCCAUUGCCUUACCAGAAUCGACUCUUAUUUUGGUUGUAGUACUAGUCCUUAGGCCUGUGCACUCCUCGGGGCCGAGCGAAGGGUGUGUUCCAUGGAUUAAGCACUUUCAGAAGUGCAGAAGCAUGUUUUUAUGGGUUUUUUUUUAGUUGACUAUCGAACUUGUGCUCUUUUCUCUAUCAGGCGCCCGCGGGUCCUUGUGCAUUUGCUUCUAGAUCCAGUUUUUAGCUCGAAAGAAACGACCUGGGCGAGCUUUGGCGGCGCUCCCGGUGCCCGGUGCGCGCUGUUCGCGGGCCGAGCGCCGGGGCUGUGCCGCUGGCCGGGCACGGCGGGGCUGCGGCGGCCCCGGCCUCCGCCCUGCGGCGCACGCUUCGGUUUGGGUUCCAUUUCUUCUGGCAGAGUUCCUUGGCAAUGUACAGUAAUUUGUAAACUUGCAUCAAGUUUAUGAAUAAAAAGCAUUUUACGAA